AGCGUGCUGCCAGCGAAGCCAGGAGCGGGAGUCGGCAUGGCUCGGCGGUGCCGGGCUCCCAGGACGUGCUUUGUGCCAGAGGCACAUGCAGUAAUUACAGAUGGCACUGCCCAAGAGAUGGACUUGCGGGCCACGUCACCUGGCAGCGGGAUGGGGAUGCACCUGGUUAUCGCAACACGCCUGCAUCUCUUUCCAAAAAGUUUUUGCUGGUGCAGGAGGUGUUCUUUGAUGUGAAGAUUGGAGACAAAGAUGUUGGCAGAAUUGUAAUUGGAUUGUUUGGAAAAGUUGUUCCAAAGACUGUGGAGAACUUCAUUGCGCUGGCAACUGGAGAAAGAGGAUAUGGAUACAAAGGAAGUAAAUUUCAUCGUGUGAUCAAAGACUUCAUGAUUCAAGGAGGAGACUUUACUGCUGGAGAUGGAUCAGGAGGAAGAAGCAUCUAUGGAGAAAGGUUUCCAGAUGAGAACUUCAAGCUGAAACACUAUGGAAUUGGAUGGGUUAGCAUGGCUAAUUCUGGCCCAGACACCAACGGAUCCCAGUUCUUCAUCAGUGUGACGAAGCCUUCCUGGUUAGAUGGAAAACAUGUAGUAUUUGGCAAAGUCCUUGAUGGAAUGUCUGUGGUGCACUCGAUAGAACUCCAGCAGACAGAUGAACAUGACCGGCCCCUUCAGGACUGUGUGAUUGUGAACAGUGGCAAAAUAGCUGUAAAAGAACCAUUUGUAGUUGAAGUAGGUGACUGGUGAGACAGACAGAAUGGAAAGUAAAACUUAAUCACUUUUCUUUAAGGCCUGUUUAUGACCAAUUUCAACUAUCCAUUGAGUUUUCUCCUCAAAACAUAUGAGGCUCUAUUUAGACAAUACUUACCAUUUGCCAAAUACAUAAAAGAUGCGACCAUUUCUGUAACAACUUGAUGGAGCUGUCACUCCUUGAAAUUCAAGACAUAGCCCACUAAAUCCUAGAUCUUGCAGAAAGUCUUCCAUGAAAAAUUGUAGAAGUACUUCUAUUUUUUCAAGGUUUGAAAUACAGUAAUUUUAUUCUCUUUGGAAAUUUUUGCAAUACUUGUUUCUGCCUUCUGAACUGAAAAUAUUAUUUUCUGUAACAGUAUCAGCAUUUUUAAAAGUGAAAAAAAAAGUAAAAUACAGAAGUGUUUUGAGUAAAUAAACUUUAAUUUCAAAUAAA